UGUUGCUUUGGUGUGUUGUUGUAGUUGUUAAUUUAAUGCCCUCUUUCUCUUAUUUUACUAAUAAAGAUCCAAUCUUUAUUACUGAGUUAGCUCAACUGCUUAACAAAACCUUGAUAUCUGCUCUAGACAGAGAAUAUUGGUACCCCAUUAUUUGAACUUCAGCAAUAUUGUUGCCUGAUUGAGAUAUGACCCAUUUAUUGAAUCGAUUUUGUCAUUUGUUUUCUUGAAAAUAAUUGUCAUUCUUGAAUUGGUAGAAGAUGACUGUUUGGUAGAGCCAAUGUCAGUUGCCUGUUGUGUUCCAGUUGUUGAAUGUGUAUACUGCUUAGGUUGUGUACGUUGGGUGUGGAAGAAGUUCCUUUAUACUGCUGGCCGUGAAAGUGAGAAUUGGGGACUUGCAAUUGCCAGUGAGUUUGAGCCUGUGCCAAGGUUCUGUCGAUAUAUUAUGGCGGUAUAUGUGGAUGAUAUUAGAAAUCCCAUAUCGACUCCACCUGGUGGAUAUGGCAUUGAUCCAGAUUGGGUUAUUGUAAAAAAAAGUCAUGAAGAUACUCAAGGGAAGGUGUCUCCUUAUUUGAUUUAUGUUGAUCAUCAGAAUACUGAUAUAGUUGUAGCAAUUAGGGGUCUUAAUAUGGCUAAGGAUAGUGAUUUUUUGGUCCUACUUGAUGAUAAACUUGGACAAGCAGAAUUUGAUGGGGGGUAUGUUCAUAAUGGUCUACUGAAGGCAGCUGAAUGGGUUUGGGAAGCUGAAUCACAACUUUUAAGGGAAUUGGUGGAGAGGUAUCCAGAUUAUACCUUGACAUUUGCUGGGCAUUCUUUAGGGGCAGGGGUGGUAACGCUGUUGACGAUGUUGACUGUGAAGAACAGAGAAAAGUUGGGGCUCUUAGACAGAAAAAGGAUCAGGUGCUUUGCGAUUGCUCCUACAAGGUGUGUCUCGCUAAAUUUGGCUGUGAGAUAUGCGGACAUCAUAAACUCUGUUGUACUUCAGGAUGAUUUCUUACCUCGGACCACUGUAGCACUGGAACAUGCUUUCAAGUCACUUAUCUGUUUCCCAUGCUUGAUGUGCAUAAUGUGCCUAAAGGAUACAUUCACCAUGGAGGAGAAGAUGCUAAAAGAUCCAAGACGCCUUUAUGCUCCAGGUCGUCUUUAUCAUAUUAUUGUCAGGAAGCCCUUCAGCUCUGCUAAUAUUAAACCCAUUGUGAGGACUGCUAUACCUGUUGAUGGACGGUUUGAGCACAUAGUUCUUUCAUGCAACAUGACAUCUGAUCAUGGCAUUCUUCGGAUACUGAAAGAAUCACAAAGAACAAUUGAUUUGAUGUUGGAGAGGCAUCAGAGUACAGAUUCUAUGAAUAUCCCUGAGCAGCAGAGAAUGGAGAGACGGGACUCUCUCGCUAAGGAGCACAUGGAGGAACACAAGGCUGCUUUGCAAAGGGCAGUAGCACUGGAUGUGCCCCAAGCAUAUUCUCCUUCUGCAUAUGGAACUUUCCGCAACAUAGAGGAAGGACCGGAUUUUGGAAAACUGGGGGAGUCCUCUCUCACCAUUUCCCAAAAAAGGAGAGAAAGUUGGGAUGAGUUAGCAGGGCGUCUUUUUUUAGACAGAUGAGUGAGGGUGAACUGGGUUGAAGAAGUCAUAUAUUGGUCAGUGUCAUACUCAUUUUUUUUUUCUUUAGGGUGUCUUGGAAUAUAUUUAAUGCCCCUGUAUAGGUUAGUAGGAUGGCUUUUAGUAGAGAACAGGCAAAAAAGUUUCUUGUUAGUUCACUAGUUGGCAUAAUUACUAAAGGAUAGCAUGUUCCCUGAUCACAUCAGUUAUUAGCUCAGAGGGACAAAAUUUUGGGUGCCCAAACAUUCAGUUACAGUAAUAUAAAUGAAUGGAAGUUCAGGUCUCGCCGUCUCGAUUA